AUGGGCAACAACGCCAGCAGCCCCGCGGCCGGUGCCUCCGCCCCGCCCAGCAGCAGCAGCACGAGCGGCAUCGGCAUCGGCAUCGGCAUCGGCUCGCAGCGCGGCGGCUUCCUGGGCGCGUUCCUGUCGGGCCGGCGCCUCGAGUUCACGCUGGCCAACAUGCGCGCGCUGCACGCGCAGCUCACGCGCUUCGCCGCGCUGCCCGACGCGGAGAUCGUGGAGCUGCUGCGCGUCCUGGCCGAGUUCCUCAUCUACUCGGACCAGCACCGCGUGUCCGUGGAGCUCGAGGACCUCGCGCGCGAGGCGGCGGACGACGUGGCUACGGACGACGCCGGCGCCUACUUCGACUACUUCGGGGAGACCAACAUGCUCGCGCUGCUGGUGGAGCUGGGUGCCAGCCGCCCCUCCGUGCCCGUGCAGGUGCAGCUGCUGCAGACCAUGAGCAUCCUGGUGCAGAACAUCGCCACGCGCACGUCGCUCUACUACAUUCUGAGCAACAACCACGUCAACAGGCUGCUCGAGUGCCCCUUCGCCGUGGACGCUGACGACGACGUGCGCGACUGGUACGUGACGCUGCUCAAGGCACUGUCGCUGCGGCUCAACGAGGAGACGGUGCAGUUCUUCCUGGACACGCAGCACCAAGGAGAGGACUUCAGCUUCCCGCUCUACGCGCGCGCGCUCAAGUUCGGCCGCUGCAACGAGACGAUGGUCAAAGUGGCCAUCAAGACGCUGACGUUGAACGUGCUGAAGGUGCCCGACCCGCGCGUGCGCCACUUCGUGCUGCAGUACGACGACCUCAACUACUUCCGGGACAUUGUGGAGAUCGCCAACGACCUGACGCUCAAGCUGCAGGGACUGAUGAACAACUGGCCGUCGUCGGAGACUCGAGCGGAGCGCACCGCCACCACGGAGAAGCUGGAGGAGGCCGUGGACGCGUACAUUGACCACUGCUUUUACUUGCAAGACCUGCUGGAUGUGAACGUGCCCGAGCUGUGCUACAAGAUCGGAGACUUGCUCUUCUCGAGACAUAUCAAGUGUCUAUUGGCCACGAGUAUUCUGCCGGACUGCGGUCCGCCGCCGCAACGAGUGUCGACGCAACUGGCGCUCUACCUGCUCACUAGACUCUUGGGCAUUUUGGAGCACACACCGCUCGUGAACGCCAUUGUCUUCAUGUUGCUAUCGCCGGACGCGACUGAGGAUUGCGAGUACUCGGCUGUCGCUCUUGGAGCUGGAUCGCGGCGGAGGCAUAGCAGCUCUCACUACCUGGAGACCGUGGACAGCAACGACGAUGAAGAGGAUACAGCGACAACUGAAGCCUCACCGAGAGCGCUGUCUCCGCGACCAUUGUUACGAUGGGACAAGGAGGCGCCUCCAAUGCACGUGUUUCGCCCCCAUUCGGCAACCACGUGCGAGUCUUCGUUGUGCUACGUGCAGACCCGGUUCGCUAUUGGCGAGUGGCCCGUCGACGAAGUGAAGUCUUUCGUUCCGCAGGGCCCCAACUGUUACCGACAGUCGCUGCUAUCGCUUUUGUGCUCGAGUGAUGAACGACUCUCCUCGACAGUUGUGCUUCUGCUACUAGCCAUAGCCAACAACAAGGCUGUUGAUCACUUACUGCUGCGCGAGCUGGAUCUUCUUCCCUUCCGAUAUCGCCACGGCAAGCGCGAGGAUGAACGAGCGAAUGGAACCAGUCACGACGACACCAUCGGAGGUAAAGAUAACCCGGAACACUCCGUUCUUCCGGCUACAGCAUCUCUAUCGUCGUCGUGCACUUCGUCUGGAUCUCAAGAAAUGGGCGAUGACAGCGACCUCAGUGCAGUGGCUAAUGAGAAAGUUUCGUCGUACCGAGCUGACGCAUACCCGUACUCGUUAGUGGGGUUGAUUUUGGAAUUUCUGGCGCGAAACCAGAGCUCACGUUUGUUUAGCGUGCAACUUUGCGCUCGGUUCUUGGUGGACAUCAUGGUUGACACGCGUUCGCCGUUGCCUCACCACCUCAGUCGCUCACAUGCAGCUACUCUCAAGAACAUUCACUCGAGCAGUGCACAUCUCGUCAUGGAGAGCAUGCGUGGUUCAAUGGCAGAAGUGGAUUUAUUUAUUUACGUGCUGGAAAAGGAGGUUGCAACCUUCCAGCGCAAGACAUUCCCUAUGGAGCUGCAGCUGGACUCUUCAUCCCCUUUUGAGUGUCUCGUUCCGCUUGAGAAGGAAGCGUCUGAGAAUGCACCGGCAUGGGCUGGCUCUCGUGACACACUAGCACUGCGUCGCCCGUCAAAUGAAAUGGAGGUGUGCCGCAAGUCCAUGCGCGUCUUCCUCACUCUUCGAAAACUGCGCGAGCUGCUGGAUUCAACUUACGUAGACGACGAGUUGGAGCAGCUUGUUGACUACCGCCACCCGCGCACUAGCGUGCUAGCUAGUGCUGCCGGAGGGAGGGGCUCGUGCACGGCGCCAUUGGAUGGCAUGGUAUCGCUGAAGUGCAUGUACCGCGAGCAGCGCUUUCUGCUGAUGCCAACGAGGCUACUGAUGGUGAUGAACCCCGAGGCUUUUGUGCUCGUAGAGAAGAUUCCUGAUCAGAACGACGAUAGCAGUCCGCAUGACGGGGAAGGAGAAGGACUCGUGAAGGUUUUUGCGCCGAUCCACCGGACGUAUUGUACGAUGGACCCACGAGAUGACCGUGUGCUGCAAGUAUCCGUACGGUCAGUAUCUCCAGUGCCAGGUUGUCGCAGUGCUCGGAAAGACAAGCAGGAUACGUCAACGUCCGGUAAGCUCAAGGACUGGAGCGUGCUGCUGAUGUUCCCGACCGCAGAAGACUGUGCGCAGGCGCAAGCCCACAUCAACAUUAGCGGCACUGAGGUGCGCGCUUUCAAACUGCAUCAGAUAGAGACGAGCCUUACAGCGCACCUUCAGGUGACCCAAUCCAACAGCGGUGAGCGGCGCGGGUCGUUCUUCAUGAACGCAGAGCUUCAAAAUGAUGUUGAUGACGAGCGCAAUGGCGAUGAGGUCAAAAGCAGCGAAGAGGAUGCGAGUAACGAAGACGAAAGUGCGGCCGAAGACGAAGGAGUGGAGGGAGAAGACGAGUCCUCCGAUUGA